ACAUCCCCACUCUCACUUUCUAUUCACUGAUUAUAUAUAUAAAAAAAUCUUGUGCAAUAGGUGUGUCUCACAGGAUGAAGUUGACCAACUUCCUAGCAUUGGCCUGGAUGAAGCUGUAUUUGACAUUGCUGAUUGUGUGGAGGCAGAUUUUGAAGAGAAUUUAGAAGCACCAUCAGCAGCAUCCAUUCCAGUUUUCCCAAUACACGAUCAAGUGCUUGUUGAAAGUGACCUCAUAAACCAGCAAGCGUGCAUAGCAUACAGCAAAAGCUUGCUCCAGAUGGCCAAUUUCCUCCAACUGCCUCUCAGUAAAUGCCACUACAGUGACCACAGCACAGGCACAUAUUGUGAUGGCCAUCCUCCUUUUCAUGUAAAGUCACGUCCGAGAGGUACAGCUUUGAUAAUUGAGUGGUGGGGUCAUGGAGAAGGCUGCCUUUAUACAGACAUUUGACAGUCUCACAAAGGAGGUGAACAUCAAGGAGAUUGUGACUGAUGCCCAUGUACAAAUUGCUGCCCUCAUGCAUCCAGAAAGGGGCAGAUAUAAGGAUCAGGCUAUUACCCAUUCGCUUGAUGUCUGGCACGCCGCAAAAAAUCUGACAAAGAAACUUCAUGCUGUUGGAAUGAUUUCUGGUCAAAAGCUUAUACUUGGAUGGAUCAAGGACAUUGUUAACCAUUUUUGGUAUGCUUGUCAGCACACAAGCACCAGAGAAGAGUUUAUGGAUGUCUGGAAGGGUGUACUUCACCACGUGACUGGAGAGCAUGAAUGGGGCUUUGGCAGGUGCUUUCAUGCUCCUUUGGCGGAGAACCCAGACAAAGAGCUCAUUCCACAUGGAUCUGCUGCACAUGUGGCGCUUUCACGGAUUGUUCUGAACCAGCGAUGGCUAAAGGAUAUAGAGAAGUUGCUCACCUUUAGGACCACUGCUGAGCUGGAGUCGUUCCAAAAUCACAUCUUGAUGUACGCCGGGAAACGCUUUGCAUUCUCAUUUGGUGUCUAUGAAGCUAGGACACUCCUCGCUGCAUUAGACUACAACCACCAUAACCAUCGCCCAGUGCAUGUGAACAUCAAAGGCCAAGUAUCACACAAACGAGUCUACAACAAAAAGUCGCAGCGUUACAGUGUUCACACUGUAAAGGAGACCAAAGACUACGGCUACAUCCCAGAGCUGCAGACAAGAAUCCUGGAGAAGCGCCUCAGCUCUGCUGGGGGACUCCCAAAAAGAAGAAGCAUUCAGGCUGAUGACCCCAGGGCCCUGGGUCCUCUCUCCGGGAUCAGCCCUCCUCCUACAGCUGAACUGGUACAGACACAACAACGCAGAGGACAGGUAGUGAUUAUAACCAAAUCUCCUCUCCAUUUUUGUGGAAGAAAAUUACAUAAAUGUAAUUUUUGUUUUUUACAGGACUUAUGUGAUACCUAAACAGAGGCUGAUGGCAAUCAAAGUUGAACACUACAGAUUUAUUUAUGUAAAUAUGUACAAAAAGUUUGCAACAACAAUAAAAGUAAGUCAAACUUC